UUCCGUCCUCAGAUUCUCAAGAAUGCGCUCAGCUUCUUCACAGCAUCCCAGUCAACUGAAAGAACCAUGCAGGAAUUCAAGGUUGUCCGGCUGGCCCAGAAUUAUUUCUGGAUUUCUUGCCUUGUGCUUGCGGGCUUCCUCGCCUUACAGGUGUGUGGUCAAGGAUCAAACCGUCUGAAGCUGACUGUCCUUUCAGAAGACAGGUUACAAAUGAAAUGGAAGGAAACAGAAGGAAACACCAACGGGUACAAAGUUCGUGUAAAGCCAAUGGCAGGUGACUCUGAACAGGAAGUGAUGUUGAAAACCAAGAUGGCAAAGGCAACUGUGGGUGGGCUGAGUCCUACCAAAGAAUACACUUUGCAGAUCUAUAUCCUUAAUGGCUCCCAGGAGGCCCUCUUUGUCAAGAGGAAAUUUGUGAUUGAAGAACUGAAAAACCUCUCCCAGGCUAGAAGCCACAAGAAGCAACCGACCAGUAUUCCGGAGAAGGGAGGGAUCCUAGCAGUUGAAGUCACUUCGCCAGCUCUGGGUGGAACCUCGACUCUGAUAGGAAGAGCUGAGCCUGACAAGAAAAGGCAAAGCACUCCCCUUUUGAAACCCGAUGAAUAUAUGCUGAACGCUGAGCCAACGUUGAUGCUGCCAACUUUACCAAGCUUAAUAGAGUUCGAAGGGGAUUAUCUGGCCCGAAGGAAAACAAGCAGAGAUAACUUAAGAAAAGUUUCUCAUUUCCAGUGCGAUACAUCUGCAAUGACUGACAUUAUCCUGCUGGUGGAUGGAUCUUGGAGUAUCGGGCGCAACAAUUUUGGACUGAUCAGAGAAUUCUUGGUGUCUUUGCUUGUACCUUUCAAUAUUGCUGAGGAUAAGAUCAGAAUAGGCUUGUCCCAGUACAGCAGCGACCCACGGACAGAAUGGGACCUCAAUACCUAUUCCACCUGGGACCAGGUGUCUGAAGCCAUUAGGAAUUUGCGCUACAAGGGAGGGAACACCUUCACAGGAUUAGCGCUUACUCAUGUCCUCGAGCACAACCUGAAGGCAGAAGCUGGUGCUAGGCCUGAAGCUUCUAAACUGCUCAUCCUUUUGACUGAUGGCAAGUCUCAGGAUGAUGCCAACCCACCUGCCCAGACUUUGAAGAAUAUGGGAAUCCAGAUAUUUGCUGUUGGGGUGAAAAAUGCAGAUGAAGCAGAGCUGCGCCAAGUGGCCUCAGAACCCCUAGAGAUGACCGUCUACAAUGUGCUGGAUUUUCCUCUGCUCCAUUCUCUGGUCAGCCGACUCACAUGGAUCUUAUGCGCCUGGAUCAAGGAGAAGAACCAGGACAAAAAUAUAGGUGACACAAUGAAAACCAUUACAGUGAAAUCCGGGGUCCACCUGAGUCCAACCAAUCUUCUUUUAAAAGAAGUUACUUCCAGAAGUAUGCAUCUCAUCUGGAACUCACCAGUGAUAAUACCCCAAAGAUAUAGAGUGGUCUAUUACCCCUCUCGAGGUGGAAUUCCCAAAGAGGUUGUUCUGGAUGGCACCACCUCUAGUGUACAGCUCCUCAAUUUGACACCCCAGACAGAAUAUCUGGUUUCAGUCUUCCCUAUUUACGAGAAUGCUGUGGGAGAUGGUCUCAGAGGCAUCAGUUCAACACUGCCUUUGUCUGCGCCCAGAUCCCUCAGAACAUCUGAGAUCAGCCACAACAGUAUCAAACUCGCAUGGGAACCAGUUGAAGGAGCCACUCAAUAUCUUAUCCUUUCCUCCUCAACACCCAACGGUGCUGAAGAUGUUACAAAAGAGCUGAAAGUAGAACAGCCUGAAGUUUGGAUCAGGGGCUUGACUCCCAACACAGAAUACUCAUUAGCAGUUUAUGCAAUGUAUGGAGAAGAUGCUAGCAAUCCAGCAAGUAUUCAGGAAACUACUUUGGCCCUGCACCCUCCAAGAUAUUUGCAUUUCUCCAACAUCAGCCAUAUGUCUGUCAGUGUCAAUUGGGAGCCAGCUUCACAAGCUGUGAAAAGCCAUCGAGUUGUGUAUUCCUCCAGUAGAGGAAGCAAUGGAGGGGAGGUGGAAGUCCCUGGAAAUGGCUCAUUUGCUGUGCUGAAGCCCCUCGCCUCACUGACUCAAUACUUUGUCCGUGUGGUCUCUGUUUAUGAUGAAGGUGACUCCUUUCCAGUAAUGGGCAAUUUUACGACAUUAAAAGUGCCACCACCAAGCCAGCUGAAGGUCUCCGAGCUCUCCAGAAGUGAGGUCCAACUGGAGUGGGAAGGAUCUGCAGCUUCCGACGUGAUCCUUUAUCAGAUCAGAUGGAACGUGCUUGGAGAAGACACUGAGCAGGAGAUAUCUGUUGCUGGAAACUUGGCAUCUUCUGUUUUGCCCGGUUUGAAAGAAAAUACCGAGUACAAGAUAUCCAUUUGGGCAUAUUACAAAGAUGGGGCUCGAAGUGAUACCGUAUCUGUUUGGCACAGAAUCUCUGCCAAGAACCCACCCACAAAUCUUUUUGUGGAUUCAGAAACCCCCAGCAGCCUUCAGGUCCACUGGACUCCCCCUGAUGGAACAGUUCUGCACUAUAGAAUCAGCUAUACUCCAGAACGGGGUCACAACAAACACCAGGAAAUGAUAACGGUUUCUGGCAGGAUCCAGUCCAUUGUUCUUCAUUCUCUUCUUCCUGCCAGAGUUUAUACAGUGACCGUAAUUGCAGUCUAUGCUUCUGGAGAAAGUGACCCCGUAUCUGUCAUUGGCCGGACAGCUACCGUCUUGGCCAGAUUGCCCACAAUCAAAGAAUCUCCAUUUUUCAAAACAGAGGGCUGCCCUUCACUUCACUCUAUGGAUGGCUCCGUACAAGGUUUUGACAUGAUGGAGGCAUUUGGGUUGAUGGAAAAGGAGUAUGCCUCCAUCAAGGGGGUUGCUAUGGAACCGUACAUCUUCUUGGGAACUCACACCUAUACCGUCUACAGAGAUAUUCAACUAACCCGGAAAACAAGUGAGGUAUUUCCUUUUGGAGUUCCAGCUGAAUACACCAUCACCUUCCUGAUCCGCCUUCUGCCAGAAAGUCCCCGGGAGGCCUUUGCCAUCUUGCAGAUAACAGAUGAGGAUUUCCAACCUCUUCUCAGCAUCAUUCUUGAUCCUAUUAAGAAAACCUUGAUGUAUUUCCAUCGUGACUAUGAAGCUGAUAUAGAAGAAGUCACCUUUGAUCAUCAGGAAGUGAAGAAGAUAUUCUAUGGAAGCUUUCACAAGGUACAUGUAUCUGUGAGCCAUGGCUGGGUCAGGCUCUAUAUCGACUGCAAGAAAAUAGGAGAAAAGUUUCUCGGGAAAUCAGAGAUCCUUUCAACAGCAGGCUUUAUCAUGCUGGGGAAACUGACAAGAACACGAGGACCACGGAGUGGAUCAGCGACGCUUCAGCUGCAGUCACUGCAGCUUGUGUGCGGCACCUCAUGGCCAGAAGAGGACCGAUGUUGUGAGAUACCAGCAUUGAGGGAUGAAGAAGCUUGUCCCAGUCUGCUUCCUUCCUGCAGCUGUGCAUCUGGCAUUCCAGGGCUUCCAGGGUCCCCAGGCCCUCCGGGCAAUCCUGGGCGCAGGGGCCUCCAGGGAGAACAGGGGGAGCCUGGCCCCAAGGGGGAGCCAGGUCCUCCUGGCCAAGCUGGGCCAGAAGGUCCAGGAGGACAGCAAGGGACCCCUGGUUCCCAAGGAUUAACAGUGCAAGGCCCCAUUGGACCACCCGGUCUUAAGGGUGAUAAAGGGGACAGCGGGAGCCCAGGAAUACAGGGUAUGAUGGGUCCCCAGGGAACAGCAGGUAAAGAUGGCCUUCAAGGAGCAAAGGGUGUUCGAGGACUCGAAGGUGCAGCUGGACCACCCGGACCACCCGGACCGCGGGGAUUCCAAGGCAUAGCAGGUGCCCGGGGUAGCCCUGGAGAAAGAGGUCCCCCAGGAGAAGUCGGACCAACCGGGCUGCCUGGUCCAAAAGGAGAAAGGGGGGAGAAAGGUGAAGCACAGUCUUUGUCUACCAUUUAUCAUCUGGUAAACCAAGCUUGUGAGCGUCUGAUCCAGUCUCAUGUGUUAAAGUUUGACUCUUUCAUCCAUGAACAUUCACGGAAACCUGUUCCCAUCUGGGAGGAUAAACCGAAGGCUGGAGAACCUGGGCCACCUGGUCUCCCUGGCCUCCCUGGCAUGAAAGGUGAAAGAGGAGAAGUUGGGAUGCCUGGACUUCCAGGAAGAGAUGGAUAUCCAGGAGAAAGAGGUGUCCCUGGGCCCAAGGGGGAAAAAGGCUCUUCUGGAUCAAGUGUGGAAGGCUCUGAAGGACCAAGAGGUCAAGCAGGAUCUGCAGGAGAAACAGUGCUUGGCAAACAAGGUUCAAAAGGACCCCCAGGCAAUACUGGUCCCCUUGGAUUUCCUGGGGCUCGCGGUCAGCCUGGAGAUCCUGGCCAUGCAGGUAGAUGUCUUCCUACAGGAUGCUACAAAGAUAGUACAAGAGAUGCAGGGCUGAUCCCCUGAUCAGAGAGACGCUGCUGUGGAUCAAAUCUGUUUUUCCAAUACUUUUUAUUACAGUGAAGUUCCAUUUUCUCUUUUGUAAAUUGCCCUAUUUUGUUUCUCUACUUGUCAGACUGCCUAUAGCUUAUGCCCAGGACUGCUUGGAUAUGCAUCUCUAUGCCUUGUGAUUUAUUCCAAAUGUACUAACUUUAGUCAUUCAUCAGUCAUACACUGGUAGUUAAAACAAUACCUUUAGGAUAUCAGUUUUGUGACAUUGCAGGGGGCUAUAUGGUGCAAUCCAUAAGAAAUUUGGAGAGCCUAAGGCUAGAUCAGAUCAAGGGUCCAUCCAUUUUAGCAUUUUUUGUCUUGGGGGCCAACCAGAAUCAAGAAGCUUACAAAAAGCAUCCAGAACGCAAUUACUCCCUUCUAUGUUUGUUCCUUAGCAGCUAGUAAUCAAGACACACUGCUUGUGGUUCUUCAGGUAGCAAACAGCCAUGGUAACCACUGAUAACCCAAUCCUCUAUGAAUGCAUCCAGUCCCCUCUUUACAUCAGCCAGGUUGCAUUCACCCCAUUAUGUGUUGUUGAAAGGACAGCCCUGAAUCUCCCUGCCUUUAGUUUUAACAGGUGGCUGCAUUACAAUCCAGAUUUAUGAAAUAAACAGGAGUUUGGCUGCAGUUCAAUAUGCAAAGUACCAUUAGAUUAGGUAUGGGGUGUCAUCCAGUCUUGAGCUAAUUUCAUGCAGUCCUUGGCCUCAUUUCUAACUUGUAUGCAAGAGAUUGUCAUGCAAAAUUGUCUGUCCCUUCCUUGCAAUCCGCCACUUGGAAGAAUGAAAAGAGGGUCUCAAGAGGAGGGGGAGAAAAGGCUACCCCACCUCCCAAAAAAGCAUUCCCAUCUACUUUUGACUUAGCAUUUUGUCACUGCUCCCUGCAACCCUGAUUAUCCCUGGUGAAAUACUGCCCAGUAUAUUAAAAAAAAAAAAAAAGUCCAUUCCUGCUUAAAUUCACAAGGGUUUGUCAACCCAAAUUAGCUUUGUUUCUUUCAUGAUUGCUCAGGAAGUGGCCAAGAUGAUCAUGAAAAUCCUGGUUCCUUUUGUACCUCAGUGUUCCUGCAAAGUGGUAUCACUUUAACUUGCUCAAUCCAUCCUGGUCCAAAAUGAUAUUCAUCUUGUGUAGGACCUCAAAGAUCUGGAACCAGCCUUCCACAUAAUAACCUGGAUGUCUCCAUGGGAAAGGGUGCUGAAACAAGUUCUCCCUGCGUUGUCUGCCAGUUUUGGAGACCCCCAGAGAUACUCUAUUAAGAGAAUAUGAUCUUUUAUAAGUUGAUUAUGCAAAAGCAAGUAGUAAAAGUAGAAACCCAGGCUCCAACAGUGCAAGGGGGCUGAGCCGAAAGUAUCAUGAUUACAUAGAAUGUUGCUCCACUGUCUUUACUAAUGGUGCAGCAGUCUGGAGCUGGUCCAGGUGGUAGAUGUUGCCAAUGCAGCUAACUGGUCCAGUGAUAAUGCAGGACAUUUGAGACCAUGAUCUUAUUAAUCUUGGAAGCAAGCUGGCAAAUUCAUGAUAUGUCCAAAAAAGAUACAUUCUUGGAAGAUAUCCAGACAUGCAAAUUUUAAUUGAGUAUUUUGACUCCUUUAGAUCCCUAUAAUUCAAAACCUGGAGAUUCAUUUAUUCCCAAAAUACAUUUUGUUUGUUCCAUAGGAAGUCAGACUAGGGACUGAAAUCCUGCAAGCUGAUUGUGAACCCUAAUUUACUUGGUAUUAUUUUUAGAAUUUGAGUCAAAUGCUUGGAGAACCUGGAUUUUCCAGGCUUACACUUCACAUUUACAGUCACUGCUUAGCCUGCAGGAAUUUUAAAAUGUCGUUGGAGGAUUUUCUUGUUUUCUUUCUCCCCUGUAGUUUGUAAAUCUUGUCUGAUGAAAUGUUCUGGUGAGCUCAGAAGCUUGCAUACCUGUUUGUGUUAUCUUGG